UGCAGCAGUCUAACCAGCUGAACUCUGGAAUGUGCAGGCAUGGAGGACGAAACUGAGACAUUCCAGCAUCUUUUUGUGCAGAUUACGUCGUUCCUAGGACAGUAUAGUUGGCUGUUAGAUGCCUAUGUUUGUGAGUUUUUCACCGAGAAGCACUGGGACAAGAUACCGGAGUCUUGGCGGAAUGUUUUGCAUGACAUUGCCCCACAAGAAAUAGCUGACGACUUACUCUGCUCAUCUGGUAGAGGUGCACGAACUACAGUGUGGCCAUUGUCACUGCUGGCAUUCAGAGCAACAGCACACUCCCUCACACUGCCUAGGCAAGCCUGCAACCUCAGUACACUGCUAGGACAGCUGGGGGCUGAUGGUUCAAGCCUUCCAGAAGAGAUCCGUGAUGGACAGCUGCGGAGCCCGGAACUGCAGCACUGCUUCUGCAGGCAUGUCAAGCCCAAGAAGCAGCAUGAGAUUCUUCGACUGGCCACAACAGUUAAAUGGCUGUGUGAUCAGGUGGGUUGCUCUAACGUGGUGGACAUUGGAUCAGGACAAGGACAUUUGUCACGAGUGUUGUCCUUUGCACACAGGCUGAAUGUUACCAGUGUGGAGGCCGAGGGAUGUCACGUCACCGGAGCUGCAAGGUUUGACAAACAAGUGGUGACUGAUAUUACUAAGGAGAAGAUGAAGAAACAACAGGAGGCUGAUAUUGAUGAGGUUCUGCAUGCUCAGCCUAGUCAUGUGACCUGUUUCCUCAAACCAGACAUUUCUGUAGAUGACUUUCUGUCUGUCAUCAACCAACAGAAUCCAGUCUUAAGUCUUCAUGGAAGUGAAUUAGAGCAAUCAUCAUUCACUGUCACGGAACAAGUUAGUAAUUGCAAUGUAGACAUGGAACUUCCAAGUACAAAGAAAAUUCGAACAUCCGAAGAAGCAAGUGCGAAUUGCUGUGCCAGUGGAAGUAACACUGAUCCGACACAAGCAGAAAAGGUUGUGUCCCACGAGGGUGAUGCUCCUUGUGACAGAAAAGGCUUUAGCAUGGUUGGACUGCAUACAUGUGGGGACCUGGCACCCACCAUGUUGAGAGUCUUCACACGCUGCAAUGAUAUCCGUGCCCUUGCUUCAGUGGGAUGUUGUUACAUGAAAAUGACAUGUCCGAAUGAAAGCACGACCAGACGAGAUGGGCCAGUAGACAUUCAACAUCAGUAUGUCUGUUCAGAUUAUGGCUUUCCUAUGAGCCAGAUGGUCAAAAAUCUGAAUGCUGAAAUGAGUUACCAAGCCCGAGAACUAGCUUGCCAUGCCAUAGACAUGUACACAGAGAGGUUGAAGAGUGAUGAUAGUGAGGUAAUGAUGCCACACUGCUACAGGGCUACACUGGAACACUUUAUUGUCAAGCAUGACAGUACCAAGAGGAGGGCUGGGAUCAGGAGCAUUCGUAAAACACAUAAGAUGGACUUCCAAACCUAUGCAGAGAAAGCCCUGGCAAGGUUAAUAUAUCCCACUGAUACAAGUGUCCCAGUUGAUGCAGCAGAGGCUGCUGAGAUGCUGGCGUGUUGGAAGGACGUUGUUGUGUUCCACUGCCUGCGUCUGGUGCUGGCUCCUGUAGUGGAAACUCUGCUCCUGCUGGACAGGAUGCAGUACCUAAGGGAACAUGGGACCAACUGCCAACUGGUACCCUUGUUCAAUCCAAGACUGUCCCCCAGAAACUUUGUACUACUUUCAAACAAACAUUCAUAGUAAACUUUGGUCGCUUUGUCCAGGGCUUCCUACAUGUAUGUUUUUUGGUGUUCUUUGAUAGCAGUUCAGGAAGACUGACUGAUGCACACACAAUUUAGGAGACAAGAAAUGAUUUAUUUUCUUGUAUUCUGUGUUGUAUUUAAUAUUCUUUGUACAUCUGUACAAAAUAUAGAUUAAAAGUAUACUGUGUUUCAAUAGUGAAAGACAAAACUACCUUCCAAUGCCAUUGAGAAUUGAUACUUUCUGCUUUCAUAGAUAUAUUAUAUUCAAUUCAAUUGUCAAGUCCCAAUCUGGUAGUUUUAUGCUGUUAUUCAUCUAACAACAAUAUGCAUUGAUACCUGUAUUUCAUUACCUACACAUUCAAGUAUAUGUAUGUUGGUUGAAUGAUUCAACCAACCAUGUACAUGUUGUAAUUUUGAGGACAUAUUGUUCAUGUUGCAUAAUAUACUUACAAUAGACUUACAGUUCAUUGCACUGAAUAGCAUAAGAUAGAAAUAUGCAGCACCAUUAAUGUACACAUUUGCUUGAGUAAUUGCUAUUUGGCAUAUCUUAUUAUCUGGAUGUCUGACCAUCAACUCUAUUGUAUGUUUCCAAGUCUCUGCAAUAUAGAGACAUUCCAAGGUAUGGCCUUGCAACACCACCUUAUUGAGCAUUUAAUU